AUGUUGAAAAUCCGUAGUGGAAUUGCCGUAGCUCACAAGCAAGUGGCGGCCGUCUCUUUCAGUGGACAGCAGCGCCGGCAGACCACAGCUGCUGCAGCUCUAACCCGAGACGAUGCAGAGUGGCAGCAGGCGCGUCCCUUCAGGCAGGUGCCUCGGGCCAAUUUGAUAUCUCUGAUUCCCAAAAUGUUCAUGCCAGGGGGUAAAUAUAAGAACAAGGACCUUGCGGACUUGAUAAUGGCCAUGCGCGAAGACUAUGGCAGCAUUCAUGUUGUGCCAGGCAUCAUGGGAGGACCUCCCAUGUUGAGUACACGCAAUCCCAAGGACUUCGAGGUAGUAUUCCGGCACGAGGGCACGUGGCCCAAUCGGCCUGGCGCCGACGCUCUUUUGUACCAUCGGCAGACGCACAGAAAGGAUUUCUUUCAGGGCGUCGAGGGCGUAGCACCCACCCAAGGAAAGGCGUCAAUCAGGAAUUUGUGCAGCUGGACCCUGGAGUCAGUUUCCGUCGUGGCAUUGGACAGGCAGUUGGGACUGCUGAAGGAGUCGAACAAAAGGAUCGAAGCCACAAAGCUUUUCCACCUCUUGGAAGAUUUCUUUAAAGUAUCUGCUGAUCUGGAGCUGAAGCCCUCCGCCUGGCGCAUGUUCAAAACGCCCAAACUGAUGAAAAUGAUGAACAUUCUCGACACCAUUCUGUACAUUAUAUCGGCAUAUAUUGAUGAGGCGGUAGAGCGAUUGGAGAAGGAAGCCAAAGAGGGUGUUGUCCGUCCUGUGAACGAGCAGAGUGUACUGGAAAAGCUGCUCAAGGUCGACAAGAAGGUGGCCACAAUCAUGGCCAUGGACAUGCUAAUGGCCGGAGUUGAUACCACCUCUAGCACAUUUACAGGGGUCAUGCUCUGCCUUGCCAAGAAUCCCGAAAAGCAGGCCAUACUCCGAGAGGAGGUGAUGAAGAUACUACCCCACAAGGACUCGGAUUUCACAGAGGAAUCCAUGAAGAACGUUCCCUAUUUGCGUGCCAGCAUCAAAGAGUCGCAUCGGAUGUACCCGCUGGCUGUUAUGAAUGCCCGAGUUCUCAAUCGGGAUAGCGGCUCCUGGCCCACAGGGUCGUACAGCAGCAGCCAGGCGCCCAGUGCGAUGGGAGCUGUGCCCAUUACCUGA